AUUAGAGGAAGACCAGAAGAAUUAAAAUCUCAUUUAGCAUUAUUUUGUAAUGUUAUACCUCAAGAUAUUAAAUUAGAAUAUUUAGAAAUAUUAGCUAAUAUUAAUUCUUCUAAAAAAACAAAAAAUAAUAGUAGUAGUUCUGAAAAAUUAGUAUUUGAUUAUUAUGAUUCAACAACAAAUAUUGAACCAAAUAAAAAAAAUAGAAUUGAUCAAGCAUUAAUUAGAUUUUUUAUAUGUUGUGGUAUUCCAUUUUCUGUAGUUGGUCAUCCAUAUUUUAUAGAUUUUAUUAAAAGUCUUUGUUAUGGUUAUAUUCCUCCUAAUAGAUUAACACUUUCAACAACUAUUUUAAAUCAAGAAAUUUCUACAGUUUUGAUUAAAAUUAAUAAGGAACUUGAAUAUGAAAAUAAUUUAACAUUAG